AUGGAGGCUGUGCGGAUCAGAAUCUUGGGUCUGUUCAAACGUAUCAACACGAUUGAUGGUGAAUAUCUGGUAAUUGACGACGAUAAAAUCUGCAAAACCUUACGAGAGGCCCGCCCAGAAAGACCACGAGGAGCAAGCGGUAGACAGCAGCACUUGGAAGAGACUGAUAUGCCUCCGGCUAAGAAGAGAUGUUCACCCAGUCCCCCACGAGCGCCUAAGCCACCUCAGCCUAAGCCACCUCUAGUCAAGGCGAAUACUUUCACAACGGUUCCAACCUAUGGUGAAUGA